AUGACCAACUAUACAUCACCAGCUACCACGGUUCCACCAAUGUCCAAUCUGUCUCUUCACACUACAACGGCCAGAACCGAACCAACUUCAUUUAAUGUCACCAACUCAACAUCACCCUCCACCACCACGGCUGUACCAGUUGGCAACACUGCCAAAAAUAUAACUGAUGACACUACGGAAAUGCAACCUACAGAGACUUGCCGCUUGGGAAACUAUGAGCCGCACUGCAGAGUUACAGGGAAGUCUGGAAUGCCGAUGAGCCCGGGUCGCCUUUAUUACGGAUUGGCUUUGAUGACCCCAAACCUGGUCCUGGUCCUGGUCCUGAUAUUAGACAUAACCGAACCAACUUCAUUUAAUGUCACCAACUCAACAUCACCCUCCACCACCACGGCUGUACCAGUUGGCAACACUGCCAAAAAUAUAACUGAUGACACUACGGAAAUGCAACCUACAGAGACUUGCCGCUUGGGAAACUAUGAGCCGCACUGCAGAGUUACAGGGAAGUCUGGAAUGCCGAUGAGCCCGGGUCGCCUUUAUUACGGAUUGGCUUUGAUGACCCCAAACCUGGUCCUGGUCCUGGUCCUGAUAUUAGACAUGAAUUUUGGCGCGGUUAAAGUUGGAGUCAACCGGCGAUUAUUCUUCCGCAACACAAUCCGUUAUAAGACAGAGAUGGCGUCUCCUGAUCUAAGGAAGGAGCUGGAAUGUUGUAUCUGUCUGAACAUUUAUAUGGAUCCUCAAAUGUUGAAAUGUGGACACAACUUCUGCCGGGAGUGUAUUACUUGUUUGCUGGACACACAGGAGCGGUCUGGAGGUUAUUGCUGUCCUCAAUGCCGAGAGGAAUUUCCUGAGCGUCCUGCACUGCACCGCAACAUAACACUACGUAACAUAUUGGAUAAUUUCCUGUCUACUCAACCAGAUCAGGAGAUAUCUGGGAAGGUCUGUACCUACUGUAUUCACUCUCCAGUACCUGCUGUUAAAUCUUGUCUACAUUGUGAAGCGUAUCUGUGUGAUAAUCAUCUAGGAGCCCACAACAAGUCACCAGAACAUGUCUUAUGUGACCCCGCCACUUCCCUGGAGAACAGGAAAUGCUCCGUCCAUAAGGAACAACUGAAGUAUUACUGCACUGAGGACGCGGCCUGUGUCUGUGUGUCGUGCAGUUUGGUUGGAGAACAUCGGGGACACCAGAUGGAGACUCUGGAAGUGGCCUCUGACAUGAAGAAGAAGACAUUGAGAAAUGUUCUCCAGAAGCUGAUGACAAAGACGGAGGAGAUGGAGAAACGAGUCCAGAGUCUGCAGGAACACAGGAGGAAAGUACAAGGAAAAGCAGCUGGUGAGAUAAAGAGAGUCACUGCCCUGUUCAGAGACCUCAGGAGACAACUGGAGGACCUGCAGAAGAGAGUCCUGAGCAAGAGCUCUAGUCAGGCAGAGCAGAUCUCAUCUUCUCUGUCCAAUCAGAUCCGACAGCUGGAAAUAAAGAAGGACGAGCUGUCCAAGAAGAUGGGUCACAUUGAGGAGCUGUGUAACAAGAGUGAUCCACUGACCGUCUUACAGGAAUCAGACACAGGGGACUUGUGUGAUCCCGAGGAUGGAGAUAAUGAGAGAGAGAGACAUGAUAGACUCCUCCAUGAAGGAGAAGAUCUGGAUGUGGCUGGGAUGUCACACAUGUUCAACACAUUAUCGGAUAUAAUAAAAGGGACAAAUGUAUGCUUCUAUGUACAGAAGGCCGCAGACAUAACACUGGAUGUAAACACGGCUCAUAAUAGUCUACAGAUAUCUGAUGACAAGAAAACAGCUUCCUGGUCAAAUAUAAGUCAGAAUCGCCCAGACACACCAGAGAGGUUUCAGUAUAAUUCUCAUGUGCGCAGCAGUCAGAGAUUUUCCUCAGGGCAACAUUAUUGGGAAGUGGAUGUUGGGAGAUCAGUCAGCUGGAGGGUUGGAAUGUGUUACCCCAGUAUGGAUAGGACAGGAGCUAAGUCACGGAUUGGGGAUAAUAAUAAGUCCUGGGGAUUUUACAGGCAUUUAAAUCAGUACUCAGUGGUACAUGACAGUAAGGGGAUACAGUUACCUGAUGAUAUCUCCAGUGAUAGAGUCAGGAUCUGUCUGGAUUAUGAGGCCGGGCGGAUUUCCUUCUAUUCCCUGUGUGAUACAUUGAGACACCUCCACACCUUCACCGCCACCUUCACUGAGCCUCUUCAUGUCGUGCUGGGUGUAUGGAACGGUUCUGUAAAGCUAUGUGGGGGAAGCAGUAGUUAG